CCGUCACCCUCCCUGAGCUGUGGUGCCCGCCUGGCGUCAGCGGCGGUGGCUGGAGAAAGUGGAACAGGCUGGUCCGCUGUUCGUCUCGGCGCAACCGGUAGACUACGGGUCGCAUACGCAGGACAUCUCUGCUCACAAGUCACAGGGAACAACGCGUCGAAGACUGCUGACGUCAUGUCUGGAGGCCCUCUGACGUCACACGUGCUGGACACGUCCAGCGGCAGACCGGCACAGGGACUGGCUCUGACUCUCUUCAGGAAACAAGACGACGACUGGGUGCUUAUCAAAGCCAGUGAGACCAACAGCGACGGUCGUUGUUCGGGAUUCCUGGACCGGGAACAGUUCACCGCCGACACUUACAAGCUGCGGUUCGACACGGAGGAAUAUUUUCGCCGAGCCGGGGGCACCACCUUCUAUCCAUACGUGGAGAUUGUGUUCCAGGUGGUCCGGCCGGGAGAGCACUAUCACGUGCCCCUCAUCCUCUCCCCAUACGGCUACAGCACCUACCGGGGCAGCUGAGCCACGUGACCGCCGGAACAACCCACUUUCCAACCACAAUCAAGCUGCCUUUGAGUCACGUGAAUGUCACGCUGUAAGACUUAUGUAAGCACGGAAGUAUAUCAGUUCAGUGCAUUAUAAGACGUAAAGGAAAAUGCAGUCAGGCUUUAACCCGCGCGGGGCUGGGGUCUCCAGCCGAACGCGCGGGGCUGGGGGGGGGGGGUAAAUUUUACCCCCCUGUUAUCUCCCGAACUAACGGUCCGAUUUGGAAAAUUCAAACGCCAAUCGAAAGCUCUCAUCACGAACUACUAAAAACAUGUACUUAAUUUAAAGUUUGAGGUCAAGGUCAAGGUCAGGUCAAGGGUACAAAUUGCAAGUUUCUACAGUAUCGGCCUUGCACCGUAGUUGCCGAAGAAUGGAGUCAUGGACUGAGACUGAUCGCCCAAAACGUGUUCUUAGGCUACCAAGACAAUAUUCGUUGCAUACAAUAUCAUUCAGAGGUCAAGGUCAAGGUCAGGUCAGGUCAGGUCAGGUCACCAAAAAAGAAAAUAUAGAAAAGGGCAUGUGCGACACAUGUUUUAUGGGUCAUUUUACUCAUAGAAUUCAAUAGACACACUCAAUAAGUGAUAUGGACCACCUCUGGAUGAAUUUCAGGUCGAGGUCAGGUCAAGGUCAGGUCAAGUGCGGUCAAAUUUUGAAGUUGGUUGUUAAGGCCUAAAAAGGUGUCUAUCUGAUGCAGUUUUUCACGGCGAAUCGAAUGGUGCUAUUUUUGUUUCCGUACGAGGUCUAGAACUUCCAAAAAAGUCAUUUUUCAAAAAAAUUGUGUGUCGUGACGUCAUAAAAUUUUGAAUAACUCCCACAUUUUUGAACCGAUUCUUCUAAAAUUUGGUAUGUAGGUGCACAUAGACCACUUCUCUGACAUAUAUUCCGGUUUUUUCGAUAGACUCAAAAUUUUGGAUUUUAUAAUCAUUUUCCAAAAAAAGUCAGUUUUUUGAAAAAAUUUAGGCCAAAAUCCAAACUUUUCAAAAAACCGAGAUAGCCAUUUGAUAGACAAAGUAAAAUUACGUAUAACCUUUUUUGUUACGUCUUGAUUCCUUUAAAAAUUAAGAUGUUAGCGGCGUUUGAACUUUUGCCGUUUUUGAGGCGAAAAUGACGAACAUGACGUCACUAAAACGUCAAUUUCUCAAAAAUUUUCCGACGGAUUUCGCUCAAACUUUCAGGGAACGUGUCAAAUUGAUGUAAGAAAAGGUACUGAAAGUUUGGCGGCGCUGCGCGCCGCCGUUUUUGAGAUAUCGCAAAAAUUCGCGAGGGGGGGUAAAAUUUACCCCCCCCAGCCCCGCGCGGGUUAAAAGCGCUGCAUAUCGUCAGUUUAUGAACGGGGUACUGUGCUUAGCGAUGUUCUACAAAGAUAAAUACAAACUGAUUA